AUGGAUGGCCAAAGACCUCAAAAUGUCCUUGCACGUCACAUCUUGGAGAGACUGCAGAGCAAGCUGCAAGAUGUGUUCAGCCGUCCUGACUCAGAGCUAGACUUGGACUACCUUGAUUUCAUGUGCACUCAUGAAUUAAUAAUCAUGGACGCACUGGCAGACCAAGUAGAGUUGCCUGUGGAUAUAGUUACUUCUCUAAGAGAGAUGCGCAACCUGAUUAGACGUCAGGUUGAAAAUGAGCAACCGUUUCCAUCUGUGGAAAUACAGACGGUGCAAGGGGCAAGGGGACGACCAAAAUUUGAUAUUAAGCCUGAUCAGUUACAGGCCUUGAUAGACACCCAGUUGCCAAUUACAUGUAUUGCGAAACUGCUGGGAGUAAGUCAGGUGACAGUGUUCCGUCGCAUGGCAGAAUUUGGCAUUUCUGUGGCUGGGUCAUACAGUUCAAUGCCAGACCAGGAGCUAAACAGUUUAGUGAGGGAAAUCAAGGCUGAGAUGCCCCAUAUUGGCUACAGGUUAGUCCAGGGAAGGCUGAGGUCCUUAGGCCACAGGUUGCAGUGGAACAGAGUGAAGGCAGCUAUGCACAGAGUAGAUGCAGCUGGGACUAUUGCUCGUUUGACACAGGUGGGCUGUGUUGUGAGGAGGAGCUAUUCUGUUAAGGCACCUCUUUCUCUGGUUCAUGUGGACACUAACCAUAAAUUGAUCAGGUAUAACAUAGUCAUUUUUGGGGGCAUUGAUGGCUUCUCGAGAAAGAUCAUGUACCUCGAACCUGCCGACAAUAAUAAGGCAUCCACGGGCCUUACAUUUUUCUUGAACUCUUGUGAGAGGAAUGGAUUGCCCUCAAGGGUCAGAGGUGAUCAAGGCGUGGAAAACGUAGAUAUUGCUCGAUUCAUGUUCACUGACCGAGGAACUGAUCGGUCGAGUUAUAUUUCAGGAAAAAGUGUUCACAAUCAGAGAAUUGAACGUCUUUGGCGUGAUGUCUGGACCGCAGUGACCUGCAGAUACUAUGAUGUCCUGCACAGUCUUGAGGAAGAGGGACUUGUCGACAUCACAAACACACUGCACAUCUUCCUGGUUCACUUUGUGUUCCUUCCUCGUCUGCGCAGAGACCUCCACACCUUUGCAGAGGGCUGGAAACACCACCCACUCCGCACUGAGGGAAACAUGACCCCUCAACAGCUGUGGGAUUUGGGCCUGCUGCAGAACAGCACACAUGAGGCUGACAAUGUGGAGGAACUUGACAUCGACUGGGAGUCUGCCCUUGACAGCGAGGAGACCCUACCAGAAGCAGGAGUUAUUGUUCCUGAGUUCCCCAUGCCCCUGACUGAAGGACAAAUAGUAGACCUUCAAGCUGCUGUGGACCCAAUGGAGCCUUCUGACUCCCAUGGUCGUAACAUUUACUGCCGUUGUCUGCAAAUGUUUCUGUGAACUAAAAUAAACAGGCA